GCAUCUGGACCAAUCACGAGUGUUGUUUCACAUCAAUGUCGGCUCAGAAAUUGUAGCUUUAGGUCGAUGAUGACCCACUUUUGCGCACAUCGGAAAUAUCAAUGAAUUUUAACUUGGAAAAUUUCAGGGUGAAGAAUGCACCCAGUACGAUCUAUUACAUCCCUGACUUUAUAACAGAAGAAGAGGAGAAAAUCCUUUUGAACAAAGUCUACAAUGCACCAUGCACGAAGUGGACGGUGUUAUCACACAGGCGACUUCAAAACUGGGGGGGCUUACCUGGGCCAAAAGGAAUGGUUGCAGAAGACCUACCAGUGUGGCUGAAAUCCUACGGUGAUCAAAUUUCAGAGCUGGGAAUAUUUGAAGGAAAAGUCCCAAAUCAUGUUCUUGUAAAUGAAUAUGAGCCUGGGCAGGGUAUUAUGCCACAUGAAGAUGGGCCAGCUUUUUAUCCAACUGUCUCCACGAUUAGCCUGGGAUCCCACACGUUGUUAGACUUUUACUAUCAUUUAAAUCACAGUGAAGCAGAGAUUGCUUGUGGUCUACAGUUAAAUUCUGCCAUCACUCCAGCUGACACAAUCAUUGUACCAGCCAAAGGAGGUGUUUCUGAAGAGAGUGUUUCACAGCAGCCUUGUCUAGGCACUGAUGUUCCUGCUAGUCUUGUUGAGAACAGCAGCCAUUCUGAAAAAGAGAGAGAAACUCAGCUUCUUACAGAAACAUCAUUUGAAAACAGACAUUUUCUUUCAUUGCUGCUGCAACCUCGUAGUUUAGUGGUAGUUCAGGAUGAUAUGUAUAAGAGUCAUUUGCAUGGUAUAAGGGAAGCUCGAGAAGAUGUCAUAACUGAACACGUAGCCAAUCUCCAUAUGGUACCAGAGGUGUCACUUGGAGAUACAUUGAGGAGACAUACAAGAGUAUCCCUGACUAUGCGUUUUGUACCAAAAAUUUUUAAAGCAAAGUUAAUACUUGGGAAGCGCUGAAAAAAAUAAAAAAGCAGAUCAAAAGCAGCGAUAUACCAUAAACCUUUGUUGUUUUAACAGCAACUCUCGUGAUCCACUUUUUUGUUAUUUUUAGAGUUUAUUGAUCUAGUUUUGAUGUUACAUAACUUGUGCAUUGUCUGAUUGGUUCUUGUAUUUUAUUAGUACUACACAGCCUCUAGUUCAAGAGGUUUGAGAAAAGCAUCAGCACAGAAUUGUUCCCUAUGUUUUGAUGGGCACAAUAUAAUUUUCUUUCCAGGUGUAAAAUAAACAAGCCAAGAAAAAUUUAGUGUGCAUGAAAAGUGUGGACUAUUUGAAGAACUUGAGAACUGAGACUGAUAUAUAUUUAUAGUUAUAUAUGCACAUGAGCAAGUUGACCUGGAAACUUGUUAAAUGGCUGUUGUGAUGAUCCUUUCAUGAUAAAUGAAAUAAAUGAUCUGUUUGCUCGAAAGAA